UAACUUCAAAAACCCAUUUCUAAUUGAAAACAAAAGAAGAAAUGUCGAUUCUCUGUUAUUAGUGUGGGUUAGGUGAAUUGAGGAAAGGAAGUUCUCUAUCGCUGCAAGUAUUGAGCAAAUUGUCGGAUUUGAAACAUUAUGGAUAUAAGUAUGGGUUCAUCUAGUAUGAGUAGAUCUUCUGGAGGUAUGAAGAAAUGUGAUUGUGGAUUGCCGACAAAGAUAUUCACAUCAAAGACUGAGAAGAAUCCGGGUAGAAAGUUUUUCGGGUGUCAAUUGUACAAGAUAUGUUUGAUAUGUGUUCGUUAAUACUAAGAUGAAAAAAGAUUGGAAGCUUAAGAGUGUUUACGAUGUGUUAAGGAUGGAGGAACUGAGCACUGCAAAUAUUUCAAGUGGUUCGAUCAAGAAGAGGUGCAAGGGUGGCAGAGAAACGCAUUGAAUCGACACUAAUAACAUAGAAUCGACAUUUUUUCUUUUGUUUUCAAUUAGAAAUGGGUUUUUGAAGUUAGGUCGGGUUUAUCGACACCCUUUGAUUUUAUUCUGAUUUUUUUUUUGGGUCGGGUUUUAAAUUGUGUCUGGGUCGGGUUUUAAUUAAAUAUGGGUUGGGUUUGAAAGUGGGCAUCUCCGGUGCCGGAUUCUGUCGUUUUUUUCACCGGACCGGUAUCGGAAUGUAUGUUUAUGGUGUCGACAUCAUGAUUCAUGUUAGUUCGUGCAUGUCGUUAUGUGAUUACAAUAGUUAGUGUAGCUAUCGCAACAUUGUUUUUGUCUGCUUGUGUGACGAUGCGAUGACGUAUUGUUGGCGUAGCUGAGAAACAUUUUCACAUUAAAAAAAUAUUGUUAGGUUUAUGAGAUUUUUAUUUGGAUUAAUUAGCAUUAGAGUCGGUUCAUUCAAAGCGUAGGGUUUUUUGAUAUAUAAAGUCUUAAUAUAGAAGAAUGUUGAAAUAUUCAAACGUGAAGCAAAAGCAGAAGCGACACUAUCGCCGCUCUCACUAACAAUCGAUUCAUCGAAGAAGCUCUCUCCCUCUCUAUAUCUCUCUCGUUGUCGCAGAAUCUCUUCUUCUCCGUUCUAGAAUAAUGGGGAAUGCUCUGGUCAAAAAAGAACCACCGCCUCCGGUGGUUCUUGUUCCUCCGCUCUUCGAUUUCCCUCCUCUCUCCGCCCGUACUAGGAUGUUGGAAUCAUCAUAUAAUUUGUUGUUUGGGAAGCUUGCAUUGAAAUGUCUAUUUGAGGAUUACUUUGAAGAAGCAAAUAAUUUCUCGGCCAAGUUUUUGUUGAAGCCUAUUGAUGAUCCUCAUGUGGAUUUGGUUGCAUCUGUUCGGGGUGCAGUAGAUGGUAGAGCGGAUGGAGAUUUUGUUGGAAACGCGGAGUUUCGCUGGCAAAGUGAUGUUGAUGAUCCUCAUACUUUUGUGGACCUUUCUGUGUCAACAUCGAAUCCGGUUCUUCAAAUGAGGUCUUCUGCUUACUACCCUAAAUAUGGGAUCGGGGCAUUUGCAGUCUACCCUUUGAUUUCAAAAAAGACUGGAAACUUAUCUGAAGAAUAUAGAAUCAUGGGGUUGAGAUAUGGCUCAACGAAUUUGUCUGUCGGAGCUACUGUCACUCCUUUUACUGCGAAUAACGAAUUGCCAAAGCAUGCAUGGCUUGUAAGCAAGAUGGGAAGGUUUACAGUAGGAGUGCAGUAUGAGCCGCUAUAUGGAAGCGAAGAUUUGGCAAAGUACACAGACCUAAGAAACUGGAGUUGUGCUGCUGGCUAUGGAGUAGGGUCACAAAGCCCCUUGAGUCCUUCGUUUAACAUUGGCAUUGAACUAGCAAGAAGCUCUCAGUUUAUCGCUACGUUCUACCAACACAUCGUGGUACAAAGACGGGUGAAAAAUCCUUUUGAAGAAAACCAAGUAGUUGGAAUCACAAACUACAUUGAUUUAGGUUUUGAGCUACAAUCGAGGGUUGAUGAUUCCACGACACCACACAAUGCCCCAGAUUCUUUAUUGCAGAUGGCUGCGUCUUGGCAGGCCAAUAAGAACUUCUUGCUGAAGGGUAAAGUCGGAGCUCAUAGCUCAACAUUGUCAUUAGCAUUCAAGUCGUGGUGGAAACCGUCUUUCGCAUUCAAUAUUUCAGCAACAACUAAUCAUCGGACUGGAUAUGUCGAAUGUGGGUUUGGUCUACGUGUUGAUAACAUAAGAGAAGCCAGUUACCAAAGAGCUGAUCCAAACUUUGUAAUGCUAACACCGAACAAAGAACAUUUGGCUGAAGGGAUUGUGUGGAAAAUGGGGAAGAGACCAAUGUAUCAAGCCGAUGUGGACGCAGAGAAUUUUAGUGAACUGCCUAAAGAACUUAGACCGUCCCAGAAGAUUCUCUAAACUAAACCUUUAAUUUUUUUGCACUUUUAUCUAGUUGAUUUAGAUCUCUACCAAGUCAAGUUUUUAAUAAGUUCGACGAAAGAAGAUAUAUUUACUAAUAACCAUUUUUACUCAUGUGGAGCACAAGUGUUUUGUGUUCAAAUUAGGAGCGAAUUAUCUGGUUUUUAUAAUUUUUAAGUUUGGUGUUUUGGGCUUUUGAAUUUUUAAAGUUCUUAAAAGAAGCGAAAUCAUGAUUAGUUUUUGCACUCUU